UUAAAGGAACUUCACUGCCGUUGGAUCAACGCUGCAUAUAAAUUAAAGCGGUCGAAGCCGCUGCUGUUCUUGUACUAUACGUAGUCUUCUUGAAUUGAGAGCUGAGAGCGAUAGAAAUUGAGAUCAGAAGCUGAGAAUGGCGUUAGGCUGGCCGACAAUGGCAGUGGUGCUAACGUGCGCUGUGGCGGUGAUGCUGCCGGGAGUGUCGUCGACACGGUAUAUCGUCGGGGCGAACAUGGGCUGGACCUCCAACGUCAACUACACCGCCUGGGCUCGCGCCAAACAUUUCUACCGAGGCGACUGGCUCUAUUUUGUAUAUGAUAGGAACCGGAUGAAUGUACUUGAGGUAAAGAAGAGGGACUAUAAGUCAUGCAAUUCUGAGCACCCCCUUCACAACUGGACAAAUGGUUAUGGAAGAGACGUGGUUCCACUUAACGUGACCAAAACUUACUAUUUCAUUAGCGGCCGCACCAAGGGCCUCUUCUGCCGUCGCGGAACCAAAGUAGCCAUUCCGGUUAAGUAGCUAAACAUUUUGUGCUCAGAUGGCAUGUAGUAACUCUAUCAUAU